AUGGCAGCCUACUCCUACUGCCCAGGCCCGGGCGCCGGCCCUGGCCCUGCUGCUGGAGCUCAGCUGCCAGACCAGAGAUUCCUGUGGAACGUCUUCCAGCGGGUUGAUAAAGACAGAAGGGGAACGAGACAAGUGAUUUCAGACAAUGAGCUUCAGCAAGCAUUAUCCAAUGGUACUUGGACUCCGUUUAAUCCAGUGACUGUUAGGUCAAUCAUUUCUAUGUUUGACCGAGAAAACAAGGCUGGAGUGAGCUUCAGUGAAUUUACAGGUGUGUGGAAAUACAUCACAUGUGGACUGGCAGAACAUGUUCCAAACAGGGACAACUCUGGGAUGAUUGACGAGAACAAGCUCAAGCAAGCACUCUCAGGUUUUGGCUACCGACUCUCUGAUCAGUUCCAUGACAUCCUCAUCUGCAAAUUUGAUAGACAAGGGCGAGGGCAGAUGGCAUUUGAUGACUUCCUCCAGGGCUGCAUCAUCUUGCAGAGGUUGACAGACAUACUCAGACAGGAUCAGGAUGGCUGGAUUCAGGUGUCUUAUGAGCAGUAUUUGACUGUGAUUCUGUAAUGGCACCUUAGCCACACUGUUAUAUACAAACCUUGGGUUUGCUGACUAAUUGUGCCAUGGGGUGAAACCUAAUAUUGGUUCAGGAUUCUGCUCUCAAGCUAUCAUGUUGUUUUCUAGAUGUCUCUAAUUCUGUAGUUGAAAAUGCUUUUAUUAGCCAGUAGGAUUUUAAAAUAAUAUGGAACUUGCACAGAAUGCUGUUUUUCUUGUCUCUCAGAUACCUACUCCAUGACUAGAGAGGGCUAUUUGACAAAACUAUCUGAACUGUACUCUUCAAACACAUCUGCGCAUGAGAAACAAGACUUUAAAAAGUUAGCACAAGGGCUAGUGUGACAGCUCACCAGUUAAAGGUUAGACUCAACAAAGAAAAAAAAAAGCACAAACCACAGGGGACAAUUUAGGAACAAUUUCUAAAUGCAUGUGGCAA